UGUUUGUGUUCGUAUGUUUGUAUGUGUGUUUGUUUACACUGAUCUUGACAUUUUUUCAGAUGAAAUGACGUCAGAUAAGGCUAGCAACAGGUCGGGGCCUGUGAAAGCGCUUCUGAUACGAGCAUGGCGAGAACGGUGGUCACAUAGUCAAUUUGGUACACAGAUUAAGAGUGUAUUGGGUAAAGGGGGAGCUGAUGAAGAUUCUGGCUUGUCAGACAAUAUCAUUCAGUUAGCGGUGAAUGGAGCAGCGCCAAACCAGCUUCUACUUUCACUCUUAGACCACUCCCUUGCCUCGCAGGUAAAAUCAUGGCACAUUAUUUAUUAAUGUCGACCUUUUUCC